AUGUUCUCCGGCGUGAGCCUGUCAGACAGGCUCAAAGCCGCAGUCAACCAGCUCGAGGCCACGGGAACGUCCCUCCAGGCCCGUGCCAUCGCCGCGUCCGGCACACCGCCCGCGCCGGGUGCGCAGGCAGGCAGCAGCCGGCCAAUGUCGCCGGCCACGGCACCCGCCAGCGGGGCAGCAGCGGGUCUGCCAAAGAUCGUCACCAACGGCGUCCCUCCCUCGGACAAGACCUCAGAGAAGGAUGUCGCCGCUGCUGCCUCCAAGGACGCGUCCACAUCGCCGAGCAGAGUGACGAGCGCGACACAUCUGGCAGAGUCGGCGCUGUCGGGCCUGCGCAAGUCCCUCCACCUCCGCGCCAGCAUGGAAGGCGGUCGACCCAGUGCGACCGACCUCGCGUCGCCAACAAAGGAUAGCCCGACAAAGGCUAAGGAAGCAACGUCGCCAUCGUCACGCCCCACAUCACCCGCUGCCCGCUUGCAGGCCCCCUUUUCGCUCGGCAGCGUUGCUACCAGUGCUGUGCCGAGUGAGAAGGCGUCCCCCGCAGUCGUCGACGCAGCGCUUCCCCCACCGGUCGACUCGAGCGAUCCUGCAACCUUGCCCCUCCCUGCCACGCCAGCAGAGCCACUUUCUGGCGACCCUCUGGGCGCAAGCCCGCACAUCGUCCCUGCCGACAAGGAGGAGGUCGAAGUGAGCGGUCCGCCGACGCCUGCACACGAGGAGACGGAGGAGGAGCCUGAGGAGCAGCCCAAGACAGGUGCCGCCAAGAAGAAGAACAAGAAGAAGAAGAAGAAGGCCGCCGCUGCCGCCGCUGCUGCGGCAGACACCGAGAAGAAAGCAGAAGCCGAGAAGAAGGUCGUCGAUGCUGAGAAGCCGGUCGACCCGGUACAGGCGCUCAAGGACAAGAUCGCCGAGAAGCCUGACGAACCCAUCGUCGAGCCCAUCGUCGAACCCGUCGCCGAGCCCGUCGCCGAGACCGCCGCUGAGACCGCGGCUGAUCCUGCCGCUGAGCCUGUCGUCGAGACGAAGGCUGCCGAUACCGAAACCGAGACCCCCGCCCCCGCAUCCGUGUCUGUGGAAGCCAAGGCCGAGGAAGGCGAGCUGGCUGUGCCCGUGUCGCCGAGCAAGGAGGACGAUCCCGACAAGCGUCUGCCAGAUGUGGAGCGCCGGUUUGAGGACCUGUCCAAGCGCUUUAUCGACCUUUUACAGCAGCAAACCGCGGCCAACAAGGUGAUCAAGGAGCUGACGCCGCUCGAUGGUAUCAGCGACGCGGACGCGCUGGACGGCUGGGUCCGCAUGGUCUCUGGCAAGGUGGAGAUGAUGACUGGCGAGAUUGCUCGGCUGCAGGGCAAGUUGAAUCUGCAAGAUUCCCGUAUCGAGGAGCUGCGCGAUACCCACCGCCUGGAGGGCAACUCGCAGACCGAGCUCAUUGGCAAGCUGCGACAACAGCUGAGUACGGCCGAGACGAACCUGUCGUCCAAGGCCGGUGACCUUCUGGCCUUGAACCAGCUGCGUGCCGACCUGGCCAAGGCGCAGACGCACGCCAAAGAGGAAGAGGAGAAGCGCGCCAAGGCUAUUUCUCUGCUCAAGACUGUGCGCGCCAAAAACGUCAAGGUCGAAAAGGAAAAGGAGGAGAUUGAAAAGGACCGUGCGGCCGAGCGCGCAGAGCGCAGCAAGGCGGUGGACGAGGUGGAAAAAGUCAAGGCUGAGCGCGAGCGCGAGGCCAACAGCCUGCGCAAGGGCUUUGAGCGCGAGCUGGCCAGCCUCAAGGAGCGCAGUGAGAAGGAGCUCGCGGCCAAGAAGGGUGCUUGGGAGUUGGAGAUGAUCACCACAAAGGCGACUCACGCCAAGGAGCUCUCGAACAAGGGUACCAAGAUCUCAGCACUCGAGGCGACCGUCAAGGAGCUGCAGAGUAUCAAGGCCUCGCAGUUUGAGACGAUCCAGGCUCGCCAGGCCGAGUCCGAGGCGGCGCGGUCCGAGAUGGAGGGCCUGCAGGGCCGCACCAAGGAGCUCGAGUUCCAGCUGCGCGAGGCCGAAGAGCGUAUCGCUCUUCUGGAAGACGCCCCCCGCAGUCCUGCACCCGACGCCGCUGCCGCUCACGCUCCCCGCGAGACGGGCACUUCUGCCGCCGAGGUGCAGCGCCUGCUCGCUGACGCCGAUUCGCGUGCCGAGACCAAGCUCUCGGAGCUGCGGUUCCGUGUUCGCGCGUUGGAGCGUGAGCGCAACGAGCUCGAGGAGGACUGGGCUUCCAAGCUCGGUCAGCGCGUCAAGGAGCUCGAGGCAUUGCGACAGACCAUUGCGGACAAGGAGGCCGAGGUGACCACGUCUGCUGCCGCCAGGAGGGAGCGUGAUGCGCGCAUCGACGCGCAGGACGCCGAGCGGCGUGACCUCGAGCGCCAGAUGGUCGAGCUCCGUGCGGCCGUGGACGAGGCGCACGCCGACGUCGCUGUCGCCCUCGAGGCUGAAAAGGCCGCGCGCGACGAGCUGGCUGCCGCGCACGCCGCCACGACCGGCGUCCAGACCCAGCUCGACGAGAGCAAGGCCCUGCACGCCCAGUUGCGGCAGAACAACAAGACGCUCCGUGACGAACUGCGCAAGGUCCAGUCGUCGGCACAGCUGCUGGAGCGCCAGCGUAACCCGGGCGUGGGCUACUGGGCCUCUGGCACAAACCCCACAAACCCCGCCAGCCCGUCCGCGCCCCCCUCGGCGUCGCCUGCGUCCGUCUCGUCGCCACCCCCUGCCCCAGCACCGACACCCGCGGCUCCCGACGCCGCCGCGAGCCCCUCGCCAGCGCCGUCCAACGAGGAAGAGGUCAACCUCGAGUACCUGCGCAACGUCAUCCUGCAGUUCCUCGAGCACAAGGAGAUGCGGCCCAACCUCGUGCGCGUGCUGAGUGUCAUUCUGCGGUUUACGCCGCAGGAGCUGCGCCGGCUGAACGCAAAGUUGGGAACAUAG